AUGGCAAUGAGCAAUGGUACAUACGGCGAAGAUCAUGACCGCACAAACAGAGGAUCCGUCGAAGCAGAGGAAAAGCACAAGAAGGAACUGAAGGUGCUGAACGACAAGCUUGACAAACUGCUUAUAGUCCAGCAAAAACAGUCGCCAGGGUUACUACAAGAACAACCCCAAUAUGUCCUAUCGAAGCACGAAUGUAGAGAACCCCAGGACCAAGUCUAUCCUCCUCAAGCCAACACGUCUGGUCAAGGAAAGAUGUACCCAACUAAACCACGUGAUGGGUACAACAAAAAUUUCCAAGGAGGCUAUCAGAAAAACACCUCUGUUCCACCUGGAUUCGAGGCUAAGCAAGGUCCACAAGAACCUGGAGUCAAGCAGAUGCUUCAGCAACUACUUCAGGACAGUCUACCGGAAACGUGGAUCUCAACAAGCGACUAUCUGAGAUCAAUGGGAGAAUCGACUUCUCGCACCACGACCUUCAGACUAAGAUUGAAGCUCUCACAAGUAGAAUCCAUCAGCUUGAACACAAAGGCGGAACAGCUUCCUCAUCCAGAACGCAAGGUCAACUUCCGGGACCCGCACCAGUCAAUGAGGACAUUGAGGAACAAGAGGAGGAGAUUUCAGUUGAAACUGAAGCCAGCACCUGUGACUGAAGAGGAACCACCAGUUCAAGAGAAAGAGAAAGCACCAGAGGAAGUGCAAAAGAAGAAGAAAGCCCCAGCUUUCGUUCCUCCUCCUUACAAACCGCAACUUCCCUUUCCUGCCCGAUUCAAGAAACAACAGCUUGAGAAAGCAGAGCUCUGUUUGAUAAGCAAAUAA